AUGGCUAGGUUCCCUUUUUAUGAAUUUAUCAAAAUUUCAACAUUGAUUUGGCUUGUGUCACCGCAAACCGGCGGUGCUCAGGCCAUUUACGACACCAUGCUGAACCCGUUCUUCCUUCAGCACGAACGAAAGAUCGACCAAAAACUCCAUUAUGGUACGGAGUUACUUUCAGAAAAGAGUAAACAGCUGAGUGCCUUUUCAUUUGACUAUAUGAAAAUGCACCGGAGUAUGGGGUUGAAGAGACAUAUGGCGGCCGGUGACCGCCACGGUGCUCGCAUCUCCGAGAUACUCUCCUCUGAAGAUGAAAACUAG